AUGUCAGAGUCCAGAAACUCGAGCAGAUCCUUGAUCCCGAGCUUUCUCUACUCUUCCGAAGAUCAACGUCUGUUUCAGCCAGCCACGAACAUGACGCGACGCAAAUCACAGCCUUUGAGAUCGCUGAAGACUUCUUCAGUGUUAAAAUCGAGCGGUCCAACUUUUGCGAUUCACGCGCCGAAUGAGAAAGUAGAAUUGUACUCUCCGGCGUAUUUCGCGGCGUGUACGGUCGGUGGGAUCUUGAGUUGCGGAGUCACACAUACGGCGGUUACGCCACUCGAUGUCCUCAAAUGCAAUAUGCAGAUUGAUCCAUCGAAGUACAAGAACAUAACUUCUGCUUUCAAGACAACAAUCAAAGAGCAGGGGCUCAAGGGUUUCACCAGAGGCUGGUCACCAACUCUUAUUGGGUACAGUGCCCAGGGAGCGUUUAAAUACGGUUUAUAUGAGUACGCCAAGAAAUACUACUCAGACAUCGUUGGUCCAGAAAACGCAGCCAAAUAUAAGACUCUCAUCUACCUUGCUGGCUCGGCGUCUGCGGAGAUUGUAGCAGAUGUGGCUCUCUGUCCAAUGGAAGCUGUCAAAGUCAGGGUCCAGACUCAGCCUGGUUUUGCCCGCGGAUUAUCUGAUGGUCUACCAAAGAUCCUUAGAUCAGAAGGUGCUCGGGGAUUGUUCAAAGGACUUGUUCCUCUAUGGGGACGCCAGAUUCCAUAUACCAUGAUGAAAUUUGCUACUUUUGAAAACACUGUGGAGCUCAUAUAUAAGAAAGUGAUUCCAACCCCAAAGGAAGAGUGCUCGGAGCCAGUUCAGCUUGGUGUUAGCUUUGCCGGUGGAUACAUUGCUGGAAUUUUCUGCGCAGUUAUCUCACAUCCUGCAGAUAACUUGGUCUCUUUCCUUAAUAACUCUAAAGGAGCAACUGUUAGUGAUGCAGUAAAGAGGCUAGGGUUAUUGGGUAUGUUUACUCGUGGACUUCCUCUUCGCAUUUUCAUGAUAGGAACACUCACUGGAGCUCAAUGGGUUAUCUAUGAUGCUGUCAAAGUUUUAGCUGGAUUGCCAACCACUGGUGGUGCUUCAAUUCCCCAGCUACUGCGCUUGCUCCAGCUGUAAGUGCAUAAGGUUACAAAGACAUUCCUCGCAAGGCCGUCAUGUUAAAGCAAUAAAAGGGAAAUAAAACUCCCAAUUGUUAAUCUUAUUUUGCCUCUUACCUUGCAA